CAACGCCGGACUUCAAGAUGGUCGACACUCCAAUUCACCAUUUUGUUAUGUUUUAACUUUCAACAUAUGAUGAUGUUUUAAAUAUAAAUCUCCAAUUUUAAUAUUUAAAAAAUGCAGCCAUAUACAAAGAAGCUACCAUCAGACGAAGAAGAAGAUUUGGAAUCUUUACGUUUGGCUGCUUUACAGUCUUUAAAAAGAUCUGUACCUAGUGUCAAUACCUUCAGUCUGCCUACUAACAAUACGAAGAUUUACAAGAAGACUAACAAAAGAGGGAGAGGUUGUCAUGUAAAUGCGCGGAAUAACCGAAAUGGUGUCUUUGGCAGUAGAAUAAGGAAUUCGAAUCUUAUUUCUGUACCUACUGUAGAAACGGAAGUAUGUCAAUCAAAUGCAAGCAAAAAACCGGCAGAAGCGCUUUCGAAAUUAAUUCUUCCUCAAGAUCGUUACAGUAAACAAGCGGACGUGGAAGAGAAAGCUGAACCUGGUAGCAAAUUUGAUAGGUACAAAGAUUCGGAAAGUGAAUCGGAUUCUGACUCCGAAGAUGUAACGGAAUCACGUGAGGGAUUGCAACGUUCGAGUAGUUUAGAGGCAUUAAUGCAGGAACUAGAAAAUGAAAUUCAACGUGAUGCAAAAAAAGAGGAAGUGCCGAAUGUUAAACAAGUAAAAAAGGUUAAACUCGAAGAAGUGACCAGUAUUACAGUGGCAAAAGUGAAACCUCCUGCCGUUGAGGUUAUUAAAAAGACAGUGAAAGAUGUGCACCCACCGCAGCCCAGUUUACCACAAUUUCCCGUUACACCUAUCAUUGAAACGAAUGGUGGCAUUCCGGAAAAUACAAAUAGUUACGUGCAUGCGCAGGUCCCGUUUCCUCAUACACAACAGUUUUUUAAUUUUAAUCCGUGUCCUACCGUGCCAUACGAUCCGAAUGUGGGGUAUAAUUUUCCACCGAUCAAUCCGAUGGAGGGUCAUGUAAAACCGACGUACUACGAGAGACCUUUGUCGCCGCUUUCUUUCGAUACGGGAGUUUUCAACACGAUUACUGCACCGUUGUCGCCUAGAAGUGCUGCGUUUGUGUUACAAAAUCGUGAAAUAAUCGAAAGGAGGAAGAAAUCACCUAGGCGAUCGUAUUCUCGAAGCCCCUCCCCAAGGUAUCGAAGAUCAAAUUCACGUUCAGAAUCUCCAGUGAGACAGCGGGAAUCUCCAGGAUCGUGCAGCAAUGCAAGAAAAUCGCAAUCCUAUAAACGUUCACCUCCUUCACGAUACGGUUCUCCGAAGCGUCGACGAAGAUCGCCGGCGAAACGUAGACAUUUUUCACCUUGCAAGGAGAUGGAAACGAAGGAACAUACUCAAACUCGCGCCGUUAGUUUAAGUUUGAGUCCCAGUCCGGAACGGUUUACUCCAAGAAGUUUGGCGGAUGAGAAGCAGGGGGUUGACGAUUCGGUGUUGGAAGCCAGAAGGAAAAAGUUUGAAAGUGACGCCGUUCCAACUGAGGGAAUCAUAAGGCUUAGACCGAAAGUUGAUCAGAAUGAACAGUUAACUGAAGAUGAUAAGAGCGUGGACGGCGAGGAAGGUUCUGCGGAUGAAGGUUUAUCUCCUAGCGAAGACACCUACAUCGACUUGAAUCUUAAAGUCAACGAUUUGUUUUCGGACGAAGAUUCGGAUGAUGAAAAUGAAGGUCGCUUCAAAUCAAAAUCCAAUGACUCAUUGAAAGAUGUCGAGCGUCCAAGAAAACUGCCACGUGUGGCAAAGGAUAAUUCGAGGAAGAAACGCCAUAAUGAUUACGAUCGUGAUACUAAAACCUCGAAAAAGGAAAGAAGAGAUCUAGAUGGCGCGGUAGUCGCAAAUUCGAGACAUAAGUCGCAUCUCGCGCCCCUGGAAAAUAGAAAAAUCGAAAUUAAGAUUAGAAAUCCCGGUAAAUAUGAAAGCGAAAUUGCGGAUGAUGGGAAGGAGAAAAUUGUUCAUUCUCGUAAAGUUGAGGUUACAAAUCGGGUCUCUCCAUCCGAUUCUGAAGAAACUGAGGUUGAUGUUAAAAGUGAAGGUUCGGUAGAUUUGAGAGCUCAGCUAAGCAGAAAACGGGCGGAGAGGCAGCACAUGGUCCCCAAAAGCGAAAACAAUCCCUCUCGACUACUACAAAAUGCUCUUCAGGGCGCAGUCUUCAAGAAACAACCCAAAGUGAAAACCAACAAGAAAGAAAAAGAUUCGUCAGCAUUAGAUGCUAAAUUGCCAAUCCAUCUUCGACUUGGGAUUCCAGACAGUGUCGAUACAUAUAACGAACCAAAAGUGGAUACGAAGAAUGUUGGAAAAAGGAGUAAGAAUAGAACGAAAUAUGAACAGGUCUAAUUCUUCGCCUACAUCAAUGCCAACAUAAUCAUCCCAAUCUGGACGUAACCAUUUAAUGAAAUGUACACACACACAAACGUCCAAGGCGUGAUCAACAAACCGUCACUGCAAUGCAAUCCAAAUGUUACGAAGCUAAAGGACUGCCAAUUAUCUGUGUAAUCGAAAACUUUGAACACAUGUAACCGUAGUUGUAGUAAUCGCUCUUUGUUGUUAGUUAUUGAAUUGGGAUGAAUUAUGUCAAUGUUUGUAGUAUUUCUGUUAAUUUUAUCUGUAAUAAUUUAAUCUGUCUCGUUGAGAUAAUGUUUUUAAUACUUCACAUAGAUAUUUUUUACUACUUGUAUCUUUACAUUUUAUUCCUAAAUAAGUAUAAUGUACAUAAUGUAAAUUUUUAGAUUAAGUUAAGUUUUAAUAAAAUGCUUUUAUUUUUA